AUGGCCAAUGCUGCUGCUAAAAAGGCUGCUGCUGCCAAAGCAGCCACCGAUAAAUUCUACAAGCCAUUCUUGCUGGUCACCAACUUGAUGUAUCUAGUUUUACUCAUCAUCUUGAGACGAAGCACCAUGAUAAUAGAUGGGAUUCUGGAAGGACUUUGCAUAAUCGCCACCUAUGCGUUGCAAAUCUAUGCCUAUGUUGGGAUUUUGGAUCAAGCGGCUACUACCACAAGCUCAUCGACGAAGCGCAAAGAAUUGACGGGAGGACAACACUUGGAUUGGUUGGCCCUGAGUCUCAUUGUUCAAUUCGGAUCUGUGCUUCAUUCGAAACGAUGGUUUUGGUUGCUCUUUAUCUUUCCAGUCGCGACACUUUACUCCUUGUAUUCGGCCGUCAAGGGGGGUGUUGGUGGUGGAACAAAUACAAAUACUAAUACUAGCAACACCAACACUACUACAAACAAUAAUGCAGGGGAAUCGAUGACUGAUGAAUAUGAACAAGGUGGUACUCGGAGAGAGAAACGAGCCGAGAAACGACGAAAGAAGUGGAGCUAA